AUUUAUUAGGCUUACACGUCAGUGACAAAAUUAAAGUCGCGUGACUUCAAAACUAGAGGAGCUUGAUCCUCAUAGAGUGAUACCUUGGAAAUACCCAGAGCUACCUCCUCCAAAAGCAAAACCCCAAAAACAUUUUUUAAAAAAACACGUAUACAGCCAAAAUACGUUACACGGUGGCCUAGCCAGUAUAUAAGUUGAAUUGAAGCCUUGAAGGUAUAUAGGCAACUGGUUAGACUUUUUUUUCCCUUUGCCCAUAAUAAAGCCAUCUCUCAUAAAGCCAUCGACCUCAUCUCCUCCUCCUCCUCUCUCUGUCUCUCUCUGGCUGUUCUUAUCAGUUUACGUUGUCCUCAUCGUCGCCGGCGCCGCCCUCCAAAGCUUCAUAGAUAGCUCGAUCGAUCGAUCCCGUCGUCGUCGAUCGUCGUCGACGCAGCAGCCUCGCCGGCGGCCGGAGACUGGGGAGAUCGAUCGAGAGGGAGGGAGGUUGAGUAAGGUGGAUCCACGGGUCAGGCAUGGCAAGAGGCCCCUACCGGCCGGCGAGGAGGAGGAAGAAGACCAGCCACCGCCUCCGACACCACCAGCAAAGCAGGAGCAGCAGGACGAGGAGGAGCUCGCCGCGGUCGUCAUCAGCGGCGGCGGAGCAGGAGCAGCUCCGGCGCCGGAGACGUACGCGCAGUACUACUACGCGGCGCGCGCCGACCACGACGCCUCCGCCAUGGUCACCGCGCUAGCCCACGUCAUCCGCGCCGCCCCCGACCUGCACCUCCCCCACCACCCAUCCUCCUCCGCCUCCGCCGCCGCCCACCCGCAGCAGGCUUCUUCCUUCUACCCGACCGCCGCCGCCGCCGCCUCCUCGCCGUCCGACCAGCUCGCCGCCGCCGCCGCUGCCGAAGAGCAAGGGAGGAGGCGGCACUACAGAGGUGUUCGACAGCGGCCAUGGGGGAAGUGGGCGGCGGAGAUAAGGGACCCGAAGAAGGCGGCGAGGGUGUGGCUGGGGACGUUCGACACGGCGGAGGACGCCGCCAUCGCCUACGACGAGGCGGCGCUCCGGUUCAAGGGGACCAAGGCCAAGCUCAACUUCCCCGAGCGCGUCCAGGGCCGCACCGACCUCGGCUUCCUCGUCACCCGUGGCAUCCCCCCCGCCGCCACCCACGGUGGCGGCUACUACCCCUCGUCGUCGCCGGCGGCGGGGGCAUGCCCCCCGCCGCGGCAGCAGCAGACGGUCGUGCCGUACCCGGACCUCAUGCGGUACGCGCAGCUGCUGCAGGGCGGCGUCGGCGGCAGUUACAUGCCGUUCGGCGGCGCCGCGACGAUGUCGUCGUCGACGGUGUCGUCCUCGUCGGCGCCGCAGAUACUCGACUUCUCGACGCAGCAGCUCAUCCGGGCCGGCCCGCCGUCACCAAUGCCAUCGUCGGGCUCCGGCUCGGCGACCGCGGCGGCGUCGUCCACGACGUCGGCGUCGUCGCCCGGUGCAUGGCCGUACGGCGGCUCGGAGCGCAAGAAGAAGGAUUCGUCGUCGUGACGUCACUGGAUGGAUCGAUCGAUGCAUGAAUAUGCCAUGCAUUUGAGAGGAAGAGGUCAAGUUUUUUUUUAAGCAAUGGAAAUGGAUUACAUCUUCGGCCUCGGCACGUGGACAGAAAGAGAUCAAGUGAUAUGGAUCGAGAAGAAUGUUUAGCUGAUCUGCUCUUUACUCUGCACGAUCGAGGAGAUGAAAAUGCAUGCAAUAUGCAUGGAGGGGUAAGUGUUAAGUGGUUAAUUGGUGAUUUUUGCGGGUUAAUUAAUUACAUGGACAUUAAUUUUUCUUUUGAUCACCUUUUGUUUAUUUUUUCUCUGAAAACUAUCUUCUUUUGUUCAUUUUUAUUUUCUUGGAGGUACUUAAUUAAUUAGCUAGGUUAAUUAGCUGGUGAUUUUUAGUUUGUUGUUUCCCUCCUUUUGUUCAAGUGUGAACUAAUUGUGCAAAAUUAGUCCAAGUAAAGCAAAGAGAGAGGAUUCUUAUUUAAUUAUUGGUUAAACAUUACCCUUUUUUAAGAUGAAACAUGAUGUCUUUUUUUAAAAAAAAAAUCUGAAUGAUUACCACCUCUUUGUCUACAUCUUUGGAUUGUAGUGGAAGCUUCUUCUUCACUGGUGAUCUCUUUGGCAGACAUUGGAAAUGUCCAAAGGAUACCAUAAAUGGAUUUCAGUAUACCUUUAGGAAUAACAUUUUGUUGUUUGGUAGCAUGCAUGAUGGGUAUCAAUCAAAUUUAACAACCUUUGGAAAAAAAUAAGGGGGAAUCUUCUCCAUCAGCUUCUCUUAUUAAAAGAUUUGACUUUUUUGUUUAGAUACUUUUAUCAUGGUUGCAAUAUUGGCAUCUGUUCUAUCGAUUUAUCAUCUACUUAAUCCUCCAAUCUCAUUCUCCGCUGUAAUGAUAUUUAAGCAUGUGUCAUAGUGGUAUGGAUGCCUUUAAUGCAUGUAGCAUAUUUCAAACUCAGAACAAGAUGUACUUUUAGAAAAAUUAAAGUUGGAACCGUAACAAGAAUCUAGAGAAAACCAGAAAAACGCUGCAGUUUGGUGAGGACAUUUUACUUUUGCAAUGAUGCUUUGAGGUGAUGAAGAUUAUCCACAUACCUAAUAAUUAUUCAGUUGUAAGAAAUUAAAAUAGCAUGAAGUCAUCCAUUUCUUUUUUUUUCAAACGCUUUUGUACAUAAGCAACAUACAUAUUCCAUCCCCAAAGCACUAUAGCCACAUAUAUAUAUAUCUACAUAUGUCUUAUAUCAUAAAAAUGCUUAUAGCUAGCUUCAGGUUUUUAAUGACAUGAACAUGCAUAUGCCACGUAGAUCUUGAGUUAAUUAUAGUCAGAGGUGUGGCGUAAUGAUCUCAAAGUUUCUAGUGUAAAUCAUAAAAUAUGUAGAUUUGUGAUUUGGUGCCAUGUGUCGAGAUUUAUUCGAUCAACUUGCCGGCAUGUGAUGAUACGAAAUAAGGAGAGAACCUCUAUCAUGCAAGUAUCAUCCCCAUCCCGUGCAUCUAGAAGCUAAUAUAUAUGGGCGAUGCAUGCACCAAUUCAAUGCCAAAUCAAAUGCAUUCAACUGCAUUUUUUUGUAUUUACGCAUUUUUAUAUACCAGUACAUCUGUCCACCCAUCUAUCCAGCUACAUAUAUGAGUGACAAAAAUUACAACCACACUAGCAUUUGUAGAUACAUGUGUGUCUUUUUCUCUAUAGCUAGCUUGUGAUGAGAACCAAAGAGACAGAUCCAUGUACAAGUGUCUUGAUGUAACAGAGAUCAUCAUUAUACAUGAUUUGUUUCCAUUA